AAAACCGGUUAUUCUCGUCUGUGGGACACUGUGCGUCUAGCACUUAACAGCCCUGUGUUAUUAGCGUCUGAUAACGGCGAAAAGCGGCACGAAAGAGAGACGGCGUCAAUUCAAAUGCAGCAGCGUCGCGUCGUUUUUCUUUGAGCUGUGGAGGAAAAGAAAAUAUAGAAAACGUGCAACGUGUUAGUGUGUCCUCAUUUCCAACAGUUUGUGGUGUCUUAUCAGCGAAUUAUUUAGCACAACAAAACGAUAAUGGCCACAACUAUUGCAGGUUCAAAGUACCCAAAACUUCGCAUGGCCGCAGCAUCUAAUGCUGACGAUGACGAUGAUGAUGAUGAUGAAGAGGAGGAGGAGGAGGAAGAUGAAUCUGGUUCGACUAGCUCGUUUAGCUUACAGGAAUGCAUUAACGAGUUUCGUGCACGUCGAAUCAGACGCGUGUCCACGCAAAGCCGAGAUCGCGAAAUGUCAGCAGCUGGCGGCGAAGACCAAAAAGGUGUUCCAGUUGCAACCGCUAACACAACCGAUGCACAUCUAAUCAACCAGAAUUUGUGUAACAAGGCGCAAGAGCGUAAGGGUAAACCGUGCAAGAAUGGCUUCUGCUAUUGCUUCACCAGCGACAGUGGCGAUUGCGCUUCGACGACGGCGCCGCCACGUGACUGGCACGUGCGACAGCAAAAACGCAGCAGGCGCUUCGAAAGCAAUAAGCUGGGCAUCGCACAGCCGCCGCUGAAUAAUCUAAAUGCACAGCAGCAGCGGCAGCAGUCGAAAAGGAGUGUACAGAAGCAACCAGCUGUAAUUGCUGCAGGACACACCUCCAUUGCUACUAACCCCUUGACGGCGGUCAGCAGCUUGCAUGCUGUGGGCGACAAUGCGCCUCUCAUACACAUUAUACAGGAGCUGCGUGAUAAUUGUGUCAUAUCCGAGGUGCGCGUCAAUCGCGAUAAGCUAUCAGGCAUCAAUCAAUCGAAAAAAACAACGACUACUUCAACGUCAAACUCAUCAGCUACAUCCUCAAAGCUAAAGGCAACUGCUCCGAAAAUGCGUCAAUGCGAGGCCGUAACCUAUCAACCCACAGCGCCGGCGCUGUCCAAUAUAAGCGAACACGAGACACCAUUAGAGGAAAGCGAGCAUCUACUAACAGAGCAAACUAGCCUAGCGGGCGGCAGUUUUCAUUCCACUCGCCGCAGUUCACGUCGGAGCUCUAGUGGAGGAAGACUGCUGCAGAAGCGUCUCUCCCAUGGCCAAGUGAACUUCAAGACUCACGACAUAGAGCAACCGCCGCCUAAGCCACCACGGCGCAGCACACAGAGUCUCGAUGAUAAAUUUUCGUUAUCAUCUUUGACCUCAACAACGCCUUCGGUGCGGGAUGCCGAACGCGUCCUAGAUGAAUUUUUGCGCAAGCAUGGCGUGAAGCUGCCGACAGCUGAGAAAGAAAACUUGUCCAAGACCAAGAGCAAGCGCAAAUCCUAUCCAUUAGCUGAAAUGGAGAAACCGAUGCGUGUCCAUCCAUUGCCCAGCUGCCCCUCGCUGAGCGACAUUGAGCGCGUUGUGGAGUCCAAACGUGGCGCACAUUAUGCCAAAAAUAUACACAUGGCCAGCAAGAAGAGCGUUGUGGCCGAUAAGCCCAUUAAGGACUUUACUCUAGGCUGGACGGAGCCCAAGAUCAAUGAUAUGCUUAAUUAUGAUAUAGCUAAGCGGACGCAGUUUAAGACUAAUGCACCAGAGCCAGCUCCACAGGUGGCCAAUAUAGGUUGGCAAGUGCCGGUGGUGCCCAAGGUCUCAUUGGACACAGUAGAUGGCGUGAGUGAUAAUCUGGCCGUCAACAUGGAGCAGAAGCAGACGCCUAUUAAAUAUCCACGUCUGCCCAAGCAAAGCAGCCAGAAAUUCAUUUGGAGCGAACAGUUACGUAGUCUGACGCCUUGGAGUGGCAAUAAGCAGCGCACAGGAUUACGCAAGAAAUCCAAAAAGUUUUUAAAUAAUUCCAAGAAGAAAAUCUUACGAUUUGUGUCGCCCAAGAAGAGCAACCAAGAGCAGUUGGAGCGAGAGCAUAGCGAACGUCGUCGACCCACUCCUCGCCUAUGUACAGUGGGCGUGCAGACCAGCUCUAUAUCGCAAUUGGAUUUGCAGUCUCAGUCACCGCCGGGCAGCUAUCAUUCCCCAGUACAAUCAACGCCAACGGCCACUACAAGUUCCGUCCGACAGCCUCAAUACAAGGAUAGCACCGAGCAGCCCUAUUUCGACUUCGAACGCAAGGUAAAGCCACCAAAGCAGCCGCGUGCACAGCGCCCACGCAAGUUGAACUUUCAAGGCAACACUAGUUCGGCACCCGCUGCUACCUAUCGCUCAUUUCACAAGGAUCUAGAUCAAGAUGUUACCAUCACUAAAAUGGGCUACUUGCUGGGCAACAUACGAGCAAAAUUGGAGGCUAGUGAUGAGCGCGCCAUUCGUACGUUUGGGGCGAGCUCACGUCUCACCCCUGAGGAACAAUUACACAAUGUAGAGCUGCCAUCGGAUAGUUUCGACUGCGUUGAUGCUCCCAGCAGACGUUUGCAACGCUCAACAACAACUAUACAACGGCAGUAUCGUACUCUUGAGCGGGAGCCAAUUUACUCUGAAAUUGAAGAGGAUUGUAUGCUCGUAAGCGGCAGUCCACAAUUUGAUGUGCGCACUGAAGCGCAUCUUAAAGUAGCACCAACACCAACACCAACACCUGAACCGACACCUACGCCAACUCAAACACCUACAGUCACGCCCACGCCCACUACAACUGCAACAGUGCCUGGAACAAUUAGUGAGCCGACACCCUUGUCCUCACCUGUGCUACCAGUAGAUAUCACUGCACUCUAUGCCCAAGUGCAAAAGGCCAACAAGACGCCAUCGAAGGCAACACCCGCAAAGGCUGCGCCUCCACCCAGAGCACUGGGACAAUUUCUGCAGGAGUCCUUGCAGAAUGGCAGCUUCUUUCAGUUUAUGCCGUUGCCCGAUGAGCCCACCAGCGACAGCUCAUACCUCAUGUCCAACUCGAAUAGCAUCUCGAAUCAGGCGACCUUGCCAAUGCAUCAAUCGCUAAACAACAUUAGCGAACAGCAUUCGCCGCCCAAAAAGAACCGUAAUUUAAGCAAAUCGGAGCUAUCGCUGCAGCGCAGCGAGAUAUUCCUAGAGAAUCUCUGUCGUAGCGAAAUUGUGCUGGACCCGGAUGAUAAUGUGCGACUGGAAAAGGUGCAAAACACCUGCCUGAGAGCAAAUCCAGCUGCAGAUGAUGUGUCGUAUGACAUACCUGUAGAACUGUAUGGAGACUAUAUGCUCGAUGAUCGCAACGCCAGUGGCAGCUCCUUUGCCACCAAAUAUGGAUCUGUGCAGCUAGAGCCGCCGCCUCCAUCCUCCGAUAAUCAAAGUACGCCAAAGAAACAGCAGCGCUUUACGACUAAGCCCAGCAUUGAUAUCAAUGAUGGUCCGUCAGUGUCAGGGCAGACUGUAAGCCACAGCUGCCCAACAACACCACAGCAGCACGAGCAGCUGCCGUCCUUGAAGCCGUCGCAUAGCAGCCUAACUGAGCUGCCAGGCAAUGAGAGUCAGCUGUUAUCCAUGAGCACCAUGGCGCGUUACCGUAUGUUGAAGGAUGCAGUGCGUCGCUCGUAUCGCAAGGGCAAAGACUUCUUGCUGGCCGAGAAGCAGCGACUUGCUCAGAAUCUGAGCAUGUCCCGCGAUCAGUCCAAUCAAACGGAAACUGAGUUGGACAGCAGCAGCUACUAUGCCAGCUUCAAUCUGGACUCGCUGCUCAAUGAAUCGCUGACGAUGAAGGAGCAGCUGGCUCAGGCUGUCAGCAUUUGCCGCCAAAUGCCCGAACUGGAAAUCUCGCCGGAAAUGGUGGAGGCGGAGCGUUUGCUGCUCUUCAGCUCGUUGAGGCAAAAGACGGAGCCGUCAAUUAUCGAAAGGGAGGCAACUCUAGCUGUGCGUCAGCAGUCGCAGUGCCUCCUCCUGGAUGGUUUGUAUUUACCCGUCAAAUCGGAUGGUAACCAAGAUAUGUUCUUCAACUACUAUUACAUCUGCACCAUCGAAUGUGAGGGUCGUAUACGCUCCACCCAAUCCAUUGAGUGCCAGAAUGGAGCUGCUAUAUUUCGCGAUUGUGGAUUGGAGUUCUAUAGCGCUGGUGAAGCGGAGGCGCUGGAGCUGCACUGCCAAAUUUUCAUGCUGCGUCUGCGUAAAGUGUCGACGCUGUCGCUGGAGCCGUCCAACAAGCUGAAACGAGGCAGUGGCAGCCUUGGCUCUAGCAGUUCCUCCAGCAGCUGCUCGCAGAUUGUCUCACGCUUCCGUCUGCACGCCUCGUUUUCGUUGAAAGCCGCGGAUCUGGUCCCUUACGAGCUGGUCUCCAGUGAAACGCAACCAAGUGAUAAAUUGUGGCUGCGCACCUCUCGCACCUGGCAACUGCCGCUGACGCCACACACCAAAUCGUCGAAUCUGAUGCCACAAAUCCAGUUGAGUGGGCGCGUGGAGCUGCGUUUGCCCAAAUCGCAAUAUGCCGGCUAUCUGAAUGUGCAGGACACGGAUCCAAGGAACAAGCACAAUUGGAAUCGUCGCUGGUGCACGCUGGACGGACUGCAUCUGGCCGUUUGGCAGUACGAGCACAAUCUCAGCGAGCAGCCGCCGCUGCUGUCGCUGCAGCUGGGCGAGUGCAGGCAAUCGCAAUUGGAUGUCGCGCCACGAGAGCUGUGCGCACGUGCUCGCAGCUUCUGGCUGCAGUGCCCCAAUGGCGAGGCAUUCUUUGCAGCGGAUACCCAAGCGGAGCUGGUCGAAUGGCUGCGCAGGCUAAAUGAAGCGUUGGCCUUCACCAAGCGCUGGUUAAGUGCCUCUUAGCAAUUAUUUGAUAUAAUUUAUAUAUUUUUAAUAUAAUUAUUAUGCGCUUAAGUGGUGCCUCUUAGCAAUUAGUUGUUAUAAGUGAGCUAUUAUUAUAUUUUUAUAUAUUCAUCAUAAGUUUUUA